AUGCUCUCUCUCUCUCUCUCUCUCUCUCUCUCUCUCUCUCUCUCUCUCUCUCUCUCUCUCUCUCUCUCUCUCUCUCUCUCUCUCUCUCUCUCUCUCUCUCUCUCUCUCUCUCUCUCUCUCUCUCUCUCUCUCUCUCUCUCUCUCUCUCUCUCUCUCUCUCUCAAGCGGUGUCUCUGUCUCUCGCAACAGUCGCUCUCUGCCUGCUCGGACACGGACACGCGCACUUGCGCUCGCACAGCGAUGGGGCGUAAGGCUGGUUCCGCCGCGGGGCCGGCCUCGGCAGCGGCUGCAGCUCUUGGUGCCAAAUUAGAUCCCAUCGCUUUUGGCUGGCUCGGGGCAGAGAACAUUACCGAGCCGAGCUGCGUGACCAACGCCCACAUGCAGCAGGUCUAUGGACUGGGGCCUUUUGUCGAGUUCAAAAAAACCAAGCGUUCGAACCCGGGCCCACGGGUGCCAUGGACCCGUGACAAGCUUGGUCUCAGCAGCUGGCUUAAAGGAUCACGACAAGCCGCUAAUCUCAAGGCUUUGGAGACUGAAGGUGUUCCCGUUCUUCGUGAUCCGGAUCAACCUACCGGACUGUACAACCUCGGCGCGACCUGCUAUGCCAAUUCACUGUUACAGAUUUGGUUUCACGACACUGGCUUCCGUCGCGCGCUGUUCGAAUGGAAACCUUCCUCGGCCGUUGGGGACGCCGAUGCUCAAAUUAUGCGUCAGCUGCAACUGACCUUUGCCUUCCUGAGCUCUUCCUUGCAGCGAGCAUACCGACCAGCACACCUCGUGCAAGCCCUCAAGUUGGAGCCACAUGUCCAACAAGAUUCACACGAGUUUCUCAAGCUUUUUGCUGCUCUCAUCGAGCGCAACUUUGAGCUUCAGCAUGGGGAUCUCAUCCGAUCCUUGCAAGCCAUGCUGACCGAGGAACACCUGACUGGCGAUAAUCAAUACCAUUGCAGCCAGUGUGAGGCAAAGCACGAUGCCGCACGCCAAGUGCUUCUGGACCAGCUUCCCGACGUUCUUCACUUGCAAUUGAUGCGCUUUGUCUAUGACUUGACCACCUUCCGCAAGAAGAAGGUCACCAAGGCGUUCCGCUUUCCAGCCGUGCUGGACAUGUCUGCUUUUGCCAAAACUACUCAAGGGGCCAAGAAGAGACGUUCGAGUGACCGCCUUUAUGAUCUCAGUGCGGUUCUUCUUCAUCGGGGCAGCUCAGCCACCUGCGGUCAUUACAUGGCUCAGAUCCGACAUCCCAAGACUGGCAAAUGGUUUCUUUUCAACGAUGAGGAGGUGACGGAGCAGGCUUGCGGCGAGAACGGGUGCCCUUUGUUUGUUGACCCCCCAAUGAAAGCGCCCACUGAUGCAGCCAAGCGUAAGGCUAGUCAGCUUGCUAGCCAGGGCAACCUCUCCUCUACCAUGGCCUACAUCGCCAAAACUGUGCGUGCAGGUCUCUCCUCGCUUUGUGCUUUGAGCUUGCUCGCGAAGGACCUAGGCUACGGUGACUUCCUCACGCAUGGUCCGAAGGACGAAUCGGGCACAGAGGUUGAAUGGGUCCCACGUGAUUGGAUAUCCAGCUUAAGUAAACUGGAAAUCAAUUACCCACACCCCACUGAUCCUGCCAUCCUUGAGGCUCAACGAGCAAUGGCUGCCUCCAAUCGGGCUCAUGAGGGAGCAGAGGCCCACAUCGACGAUGAAGGGCAAGGCGCGGUGAACGAGACACGUGUUUGCGCAAAAGAUGGCACUGCGCGAGCUAACCUUGACGGGGACGUUUUGAUCCUUGAUGGCGAUGGCCAAGCAGUUACCCUGCAUGCUUCGGCGCCGCCUUCUAAGGCGGCGCCAGGAAUAUCUCAGAAUGGAGAGGAUCAAGGUGAUGAGGUGCUUCUGGUCGAAGAUGUGCCUGCUGGAACAAGUAAUGGUAAUUCCUCAAACCAACUGCCGAAAGGCCGUUUUGAAGUACCUGGAAACGCGGCCAUCUUCAUAGAACCGCCUGCUCUAGACUGCACUCCACUUGUUUGUGUACAUGGCAGACUCAAUCCAGAUCAGAUCGACCGGGCACGAAUUGUUACACCAAAGGCCGUGGAUAUGGCCGUGGCACUCGGCUGCCCUGUUGUGCACCGGCUGCCUGCUCCCUCUGAGGCACUGUACUGCCGUGACUGCGUGGCCAACGUGGUUGCCACGGAAAAGUUGCGCUCCGAUUUACUGACGGACCAACUUGCAGUGGCCGCCUACUUGAAAGAGCACUUUCGGCCCAGCUCGCUUGAGCGUCGUGCCCAGGAGAUUAUGCAGCUAGAUGACGAGGAGCCGAUCAUUUUGGCACUGAGCGCCCUGAAGGGUUUUCAACGACUCACCUCCUCCUCAAAGCCAGAGCAGAGCUUCAAUGAAGCUGCUCUCUGUCGCCACGGCAAUCUGACUACUGCUAUCAAUCAACUUUGCGUUGUACCCAAACCAUUGUUUGAACGAAUGGCCUCCUAUUAUCCCACUUGUGAAGAGAUUUCUCCGAGUGCCGAGCGCUGUCGUAUCUGUUUGAAAGAGGCCUUGCUCUGCGAGCACCAACUCUUUCCUGUGGACCCUGUGUUUGAUCUCAACGAAGCGGGAACCGGCUUGAGCCUCGGACGCUAUCAGCGCGAUGAAGCGGAGGAGCCGUUGAGGUAUGCAACAACCGCAAAAAUGCUGUCGCUGCUCUCGGCUCCACGCGUUUUUGGGCAAUUCCUGUAG